AAUGAGCGAACGCAAGCUUGAAUGGAACUUGACGGAGCUGGCGAAAUCCUCGUGCAAUCACUCCCAACUCAAACGCGACAUCCACCCCAUCGUCACCAUCUCCGCAUACAACAAGGCCUCGAAGGUGGCCUUCGAGACUGUCGAACAUAUUCCGAUACCUAUCGACGUCAACGACGACAGAAGGGAGGGCAUUUCAGUGAUUCGUCGCGUAUGGAAGUCGGACGACAACCGCAUCGUUCUCGCUGUCGGCGCGACCGUUGUCAACCGGUUCGAAGAUCUGGGAGAAGUGGAGAACGCGGGCUUCUCAACAUGGAGAAGAUCGGCGACGAGUGGGUACUUCAUCUUUGUCACCGAUGCACCUCCUCAAAAGCUUGCACCACCCUCCUCCGCUGACACCCUCCUCCGCGGGAACGUGAUUGACCGGAACCUUGCCGACGCCAUGUCCGUGGACCAAAACCUUGCUGACACCAUGUCUGUCGACCGGAACCUUGCCGACGCCGUCUCCGUAGCCCGCAACGCUGUCUACCACUCCUUCCGCUGCCCUGGUGGUGGUGGUGCGACCGAGAUGUCGAUUUUUGUGGGGCUUCACGCAAAGGCGCAAGGGGCUGCCUCAGAAGUUGUGGGUCCUCACUGGGACGUUAUUGUCAGCUUCACUCCAAAGGCCUAUUGGCGACGCCCUGCACGGUUGUGGAACGCGCCUCGAAGAAGGGGCAUCGCCGAUGGAUUUUGGAGAAGUAGCAAGGGUAGUUCGGGAUACUCCACGGAAGCCAUUGCGAAACCGGACCGGAUGCGAGUGCAACGCCGCAAAAUUAUCACUUUAGACCCCAUGAAAGUACCGUUCUCCGGUCAAAAGACGCAUGACAUCUCAAAUUCUCCCCGCCCUGUGUUCAAUUUAAUGCUGUUCAAUCCUCCUCAGCCUGUCAUGAUGGCCUACAAGUUUACUUCCAAGCCCAUUCCCUUCCCUCCUGGGUCGGUGGGUGCAUUUUACUACCACCCACCCGCUGCUGGUGCACCGGUUCUCAGUGGCGAGUUGCGUUUCAAGCUGUGCACGGACCUCGCCUUCUUCGCUACCUCUCCCGAUCUCCAGCUUCCCAACCAGACGAAUCCAUGGUCGUUGAAACUCUACAAGAUGUUGAAGACACCUAUAUGGAAACCGCUUGGCCAGGUGUUGGUCCGGGAGGGACUCGUAUCGCCUGAUGUGGUUGAAGCAGUUGAACGCCUACCGCGAGUGUCGCAGCAAACCAACUCACGCAUUUUGUAUUCGCUCGAACAGCCUUUCGAACUCGACUUGGCGCUGAGGCGCGCCACGUUCGUUUUGCUCAACCUGGAGCUUGCUGCGAGUGUGGAUGUUGAUCAGUUAUACAAACAUUCCAGGCUGGGCCGUCCCACAUUCACAGGACGUAUCAAGGCCCGCUUCGAGCUAUCCACUCUCCCUGAACACGCUGCCCAAGGACCGACGCUCGUCCUGCGCGUCCUGGAACUAUUGACCCCGAUCGUAUGCCACAUUCCCGGGGUCAUGUCAGACCCUCGACCGGGGGAGCUGCUCUACAAAUACGAUGGCGACAAGCGGCGUUACUAUGCCUGGUCUUUCGGCCUCGAGAAGCGAGCGCUGGCUCCGGCAUUCAGAGAGUUCAUCGGCCUCCCGCCGUUACCCGCCAAUACACCACUCCUUCCAUUUCGCGGGUACUAUGAGCAAGUCGUCCUCACCCUCUGCCCCGAGGAGAUGCAAUCGAAGCGACAGGGGAUAUUGUAUAUCUCUGACAGGUUUGCCGUGUACUUACGAGUGCGAUUGCAGGACGGCAAGGAGGAAAAAGUCUACACCUCAUACGAAUACACUUCGACUGGCCAAAAGCAGUUCCCACCCAAUAGCAAGGGUGUACUGUAUUAUCAUCGGCCGUCAGCAAUGCAACCCGACCUCGGUGGCGAGCUUCGGUUUCGCCUCUGCGAAGACGUCAGAGACUUCCAGAAGGGCCCCCCCUUCCUCAAGCUUGCCCUUCAGGACAAGCUCGUCAAAAAGGAUGUUGUGGACAAGAUCGCAAAUCUUCCCUAUGGGGUGAAAGGAUACCGCCCACUAUUCGCCCAUGACUGGCCAUUCGUGGUCGAUCUGUCCUCCCCUCGCAUCCGUUUUUGGCUCAUCAACUCCUCCAUGCUUGAGUUCGUCGAUAUUGGCAUGUUUCGGGUGGACGGCGGGAAAGUAGCGCCAUACGCAGGUCUCGUCAAGGCGCGUUUUGAGCUGUCGACGCUGCCUGAGCACGUGGGAUCCCCGGUUCUUGUCUUGAGAAUCCUGGAGCUGAUUGAGCCCGUGCGACACCUUAUACCUGACGCCGAGGAUAGGAUGCCUGCACCGCAGGCAGGGUCUUUGUUCCAUAAGCUCAGGCCCGGCGGGAAGCCCAAACUAUGGACGUAUUCUCUUGACCAACGCGCAGGCGGAGAUGCUUUUAUGCGUUUCAUCGCGUCAUGCGAGAAGGCGUA